CUUCAAGUUAGACUCCGUGAACCCGGAAGUCGUUACAUACUCUGGCAAGCGACCACCAUCAUGGCCAACACCACCGUCAAGGGUGCAAUUGCAAUCCAUGGCCAGAACCCUCAGUUUCUAGUCGAGACUGUUAUCCGCAAUCGAAUAUGGGAAUCGAAUUAUUGGAAGGAGCAUUGCUUCGCUUUGACUGCGGAGUCUCUUAUUGACCAAGCAAUCGCGCUUAGGUACAUUGGGGGUGUUUAUGGCAAUCAGCGCCCUACAGAGUUCCUGUGCUUGCUCCUGAAAUUACUUCAGCUUCAACCGGAAAAGGAGAUAUUGAUAGAAUAUCUACAAGCAGACGAGUUCAAAUAUAUGAGGGCAUUAGCCGCCAUGUACAUACGAAUGACCUUCAGUGCAGUGGAGGUGUAUGAGCUUCUUGAACCAUUAAUGAAGGACUACAGAAAGCUCCGAUACCGUGACACAGCAGGGUAUUCACUAAUUCAUUUUGACGAAUUCGCACAUUCGCUUCUCACUGAAGAACGAGCCUGUGACAUUAUUCUUCCCCGUAUAGCCAAGCGUUCGAUACUUGAAGAGAAUGGCGAGAUUGGCCCUCGGAAGAGUCGCUUGCUCGAUGCUAUGGAGGGCAAAAGUGAACAUGGUAGUGACAGGAGUCGUAACUCCAGCCGAAGUAGGAGCCCCAGUAAGAGCCCAUACCGGUCACGGAGCUCCAGCGCUAGUAGAAGCAGAAGUCGAUCUCCAUCAGAGAACGGUCGGUACGUAUCGCGGAGUCCCUCUCGUUCCCUAUCUCGUUCGCCCGGCCGUUCUCGCAGCGGAAGUAUAUCUUCGGAUAGGAUGAACAUUGAGCCCAUGAAUGUAUUAUAA